AUGUUCAAAGUGGUGAUCGCUUUAAUUGCUCUGGCCGCAGCAGUGGCGGUGGCCGCCCCAGCAGCGGACGAUGCGUCGGCCAACAUUUUGACGUACGAAUCGAAGCAGGAGCCGGACGGAGCGUACUCCUACAAGUACGCCACCAGCAACGGCAUCCAGGCGGAGGAAAGCGGUAUCGGGGGUCAGUCGGUUCAGGGGUCGGCCUCGUGGGUCGGUGACGACGGGGUACCGAUCGUGCUGACGUACACCGCGGACGAGAACGGAUUCCACCCGCAGGGACUGCACCUGCCGACGCCACCGCCCAUCCCGGACUACAUCCUGCGGGCCCUACGGUACAUCGAGGCCAAACAGGCCAGCCAGAAUGGUGGUGGGAAGUGA